AUGCACGCCGUCGCGUCCGCCGCCGCGCGCCUCGCGCCGUCGCCGCGUUCAUCGCGCCUCCGUUCAUCCGCCGCCGUCCGAUUCGCGCCCCGUCGAUGUCGCCUUAGUCCGGUCCGCGCGGAGCGAGCUUCCAACAAGAACGCGGCGGAAGAGAUCACCUCCGCUAAGCUCUCCCUCCUGGUCGACGACCUCAGGGCCGCGUCCGGCGACGCCAACGGCGUGGACCUCACAGACGAGGACAGGAGCGAGGUCGACUCCAUCCUCGCCGUCAUCGAAUCGCUGUGCCCCUCCGACAAUCGAGCAAAAGCCCACGUCGACGGCACCCUCGCGGGAACCUCCUGGGACCUGAUCUACACCGACUCGGCGGGCAACUCCAGCGGGAAGAUCGGACCGUUCGUGGGGAAGGUCAGGCAGGUGUUCAAACCCUCGGACGACCCAAACGGAGGCCCCGGGACGUACACCAACGUCGUCGAGCUCUUCGGCGGUCUCCUCGCGAUCAAGCUGGACGCGGUGGCGGAGGCGGUGACGGGUCGCGGCACAGCUGGCGUCGGGGCACCAGAUGCAUCAUCAGACGGGGCGAAUGCGUCAUCAGACGCGCUCAAGGUGACGUUCGUGGACACUUCCGUGUGGGUGCUGGGCGCUGAGGUGUUCCGCAGGCCGUUCCCGGAGGGACGAUCGGGGACGUGGGUGAUGAAGCACGUGAGCGACGAGCUGAGGGUGCUGAGAACCAACCAAGGGAACGUCUUCGCGUUGGGUCGGUCGAGUGACUCUUAA